AAGGGCAGAAUUGGGUGAGGCUAGCUAGCUCGAGAUCAAACCAUUACUUUCUAUCCACCACCACAAUGGCGGAGGUAUCGACUCUGCCUCUGCAGUUCGUGGUGGCCGCGUUCCUUGCGCUGUCUGUGGCCACGACAGCGUCGGCGUCACCUGCGCCGGCAAACCGGAGCAGCUGCUACAAGCGUAUGUUCAGCUUCGGCGACUCUCUGAUCGACACCGGCAAUUUCAUCGUCCACUACGCCAAUGCGUCGGGCCCCGUCCUGGCGUUGCCAUACGGCGAGACCUUCUUCGGACGCCCCACCGGCCGCUGGUCCGACGGCCGCCUCGUCGUCGACUUCAUCGUGGAGAGGCUGGGGUUCCCGUACUGGCCGGCGUACCUGCAAGCGGCGGCAGGGAAGUCGCCGGCGGAGGAGUUCCGGUACGGCGCCAAUUUCGCGGUGGCGGCCGCCACGGCGUUGAGCCAGGAGUUCUUCAUUAAAAAGAACCUCAGCGUUGACCAGUUCCCACCGAUCCCCCCCUACUCCCUCGACGUCCAGAUCGGCUUGUUCAAGAAAGUGCUUGCCGCGCUCGCCUCCACGGACCAAGAGCGGAAGGAGGUGAUGGCGAGCUCGCUGUUCCUGGUGGGAGAGAUCGGCGCCAACGACUACAACCACCCCUUCUUCCAAAACAAAACAGUCGAAUGGGUCAGGCCCAUCGUGCCCCAGGUCAUCAGGUCCAUCGCUCUCUCCAUAGAGGCCUUGAUCGAGCUGGGCGCCAAGACCAUGUACGUGCCGGGCAUCUUCCCGCUGGGGUGCACCCCGCAGUUCCUCUUCCUCUUCCCCGGCGACGACCGCGACCCUGCCACGGGCUGCCUCCGGUGGCUCAACGACCUUGUCCUCGUCCACAACCGCAUGCUGAAAGCCAAGCUCGAGGAGCUCCGCCGCGACCAUCCCGGCGUGUCCAUCACCUACGUCGACACCUACGACGACGUGCUCACCCUCAUCACCAAGCCGGCGGAGAACGGGUUCGCCGUGGAGACGGUGCUGAAGGCGUGCUACCCCGUCUUGAAUGCCGGGCCGGCGGCGGUGCCGUGCACGGACCCGUCGACGUACGUGUCGUUUGACGGCCUGCACAUGACAGAGGCCGCGUACAAGAUCAUGGCCCGCGGGGUGCUGGAUGGCCCGUUCGCCGCGCCGCCCAUCAUGUCCACAUGCAACCACCACAACUGCUAGACCUGCGUAUAGUACAUGUACCGUACCUACAAGUUGCUGCUGCCAAACCGCAGGAUCAUAUCUACAUUUGACCGAAAAGAAAAUUCAUCAUUUGAUAUGAAUCGACAUU